GCUAAAGUAUAUAAAAUUGAAUAAAUAUAGAAUAUAAAAUAGCAAUAAGAUACAAUCUUAAAAUAAAUAAAAAAUACAAAUAGGGUAACAUAGUUAAUAUUGGCAAGGUGUUAUUUGUAGAUAAAAGCGAUGUGGCUCGGUCACCCCCCGUAACCAGAGCUUGCCAGUGUUACUGUCCGCGGUGUUUGUCUUGACGCGGCCCCACGGGCACCGCUGCCAGCCACGGACUCUCGAGUCCACUCGGUACCGCGACUCCCAUUGCCGCUAGGAGGAGAGAGCUGAAGAGUUGAAUAUGCUGACUUCUGGAACACUCCCUCACCAACAACACUCGAGCGCCACAAUUCAACGUUUGUAAUAAGAGGCAAUGGGGUAUAUUCAGGUUAAGUUCUCACACAAUGGCCUUGUGACCUGUGCUAUAUAUUUCGAUCAAGAAUCUCACCCAGAUCCGGAAGACGUCCAGAAUAAACACCCCAUUCUAGAGCAAAACAUCGCACCUUCUAGCUCUUUGCGUUUAGUCAAUAACACCGGUGUAGCCGUCAAUCGCAUCAUAAUAGGGCGAUAUGCACAUCUUCAUGAAAGGAAAUUUCAAAAAAAGACCCACAGUAGAGAGAUUAUGGCAUUUGAACCCAAAUACAGUAAACCACUUAAGUCUGCGCUCCUUCAAUGGAGGAGGAACAGCAAAACCUCGCCAACUCACCUGAAGCCUUCUCGUCGUGGCUGGCAGACCUCGAAUUGGCAUUUAGCUGCUGAACAUAUUGUCAUAACAGACUAUAAUCAAUCCUGGUCCUUGUCAUAGUGUGGAACCGGCCUUACGCUGAGAUGAUCGAUGCAUCUCGUUUAAUGGGUUUCACGUUUCUUACAUGUCCAAGGUGAGUGGCCGCACUUCCACUCGCAAAGAUGGAGGAGCUGAAGAAGCGCCUGGAUUUCCAAAACGUGAUCGUACAGACACAGGCAGUGGAUAAGCUGGUGGCUGAGGUGCUUAAAGAAGUGAAGGGCACUGGCGUGAUUGACAAGACAUCGCAUGAGAACCCGGCCCUGCAGCUUCUGUGGGAGAGGGCCUGCGGGGGUGACGUGUUGGUACGCAGCUGCUGCUGCCAGGCCCUGGUGGCCCUGGCACGCAGCGGCGUCGCAGACCCGACCUACGUCCUCAACACCUUCCUAAACAUGGUGCCCUCCGCCUCGCAUCUGCACGGGGUGGUGAGCAGCCUUGGGGAGUUGCUGCUGCUGCCUGUGCGGCAACUCCUGGCCAAGGAUCCAGGCUGCACUCACUUCAAGAGCCCCUUCACCAUCAGGAGCCGACCCCACCCCUACAUUAGUGUACUCACGAACCGGCCUGACAGCUGGCCUGUCCUCCUCCAAAACAUCUCCACCAUGCUUUGCACACAAGAGGAGAGCCUCACUGGCUUUGUGGUGGCCGCGCUGGAGCCGUUCGUGCGGUUCGUACUUUGCGAGCCGGACGAGGGCCACGCCAACGCCACCCUGCGGCUGGGCCUGCUCCAGGCCCUGCUGCAGACGGAAGGCAUCGGCGGCGGUCGGCGCAGGCCCACGCACCGGCACGCGCUCCUGCUCCUGCACAACCUUGUGCCACACCUGCAGGCAUGGGACCCAGCACGUCUCUGUGAAUGCCAGCUGAUCAUGGAGUUUCUGGCCAGGGCCAUGCUAAAGCAACCCGAGCUCUGGCAGUCCCAGCUCCCACAGAUGGCCCUGCAGUUACUGUGCCUUGCUGAGUUGGUCCUGCGCAUCACAGGGGACUGCCAGACCGUCGUGUCACUGCUGCAAGCCAUCCAGGCCACAGUCCCUGAGAGUUUCCCACACCAGCAGGUGCUGGCAGGCAUUAGUCUGCUCCUGCUGCUGUCCCCCGCCAGCCAGAGUGAGGUGGCAAUGCUGUCCUUGGUGGAGAGCGUGCUGUGCCGGGGAGACGCGUGCGGCCCUGUCACCACGGUGCUGCUCAUGCCGCUCCUGCACAUUGCGUCGUCAGCCCCACGUGCCAGCACGGGCCUCGACUGCCAGGCUUGUGCCGCUCAGCUGCUGGACAAGCUAGAGCGGCUACAGGAGGAUCGCACGGGGUACACACAGCAGGAGUGCGAGCUGGACUUCCCCCUCACGGGUUGGUACGCCGUGGUGCGCUCCGUGUGGAGGGCCGUGCUGCGCUUCUCCCUCGACGCCGGCCAGGCGGAGCGACACUGGCUGCAGGCAGUGCGGGGAUCCCUGCUAGUACAGGACAGAGUCCCCUUGCACGUGACCUUGCUGGUGUCCUUUCUACUGGCCACCAGCGGCAAAGAGCACCUGCAGGAGGUUCUCGUAGGCUGCAGUUCACUCGCCCGAGCUGACCCCACGCAGGCCCCGUACCUCAUCCCUGUGCUCAUGUACAGGCUGGGCAAGCCACUGGAACCAGAGAUAUACCACAGCCUCCUGUACAGCCUGCCCACACUGGGCACCCACAAGGCUUGCGUGGCCCAGGUCCUGCGCACUGUGCGGCUCCUCGGCACCUAUCCCUUGAUGCGUCCAGUUGCUCUCCGCUUGCUGUCUAAGCUGUGGCAAACACAGGAUCGUGUGUACCCAGAGCUUCAGAAGGCAAUGGCGGCCCUCGAUGGGAAGGCUGGGACCUUGGGCUGUGAAGGACUGUGGGACUGCGUAUUGUCCAGAGCUGCCACAGUACGCGACAUAUGUCGCAGCAGGCCCUACCAGCACGGGGCGGACAUGGUGGCGGCCGUGUCGCGCCUGCUGGACGAGUGCCGCAGCGACGAGCAGGCGUCUGCGGCGGCGCUGGCCGUGCAGGGCCUCUACGCCCUGUGUGACGCCGAGGUGGUGGAUGUGCAUUCCGCAUGGUCUGCGCUCUCUUCGCGGCUGCUGGCCGACCGUCGGCCGCUCGUGCUGAAGAACUUGAGCGAGCUGUUUGCUCUGGUGCCCUUCCUGGCUAUCAAGACGCCAGAGUAUGAGAGAUUUCAGGCUGAUGUGCUGAACCUUCUGUGGAGCUACAGCCAGGACCAGGAUGCGGUGACGGCGGGGGCUGCGUACAGGGCCCUCGCCGCCUUCUCUCCCACCCAGCACACAGUGCUGCACCUUCCUGAGCAGGUGAGGCCAGAGCGACAAGUGACAGCCGAGGAGGAGGGGGAGCAGGAGGUGGAUCUGACCGUCCCUGGAGACUCCUACAUCAAGCUGCUGCUACUCAUUCCUGCACAGGUCUUGACAGUGUGUGUCCCUGUCCCCCAAGAUGCGGGGGAGUUGCUGAAGGCGCUGGUGGAGCACGAGCUGAGCGUGAUGCCGCGCGGGGUGCAGCACGCCGCCAUGCGUGGCGCCGCCAGCCGCUUAGCGCACGGCAAGCCCGGCGCCGCCGUGCCGGCGUUCAUGCUCAGGAGCUAUGAGAAGAACAAGCAGCCAGGGCUGAGGCCGGGCCUGGCUGCUGGGUUGCUGCUGAGCUAUGACCUGCCCAUGCAAGUGGAUAAGGAGGGCCGCCCUGUAGCCCGCUUCCUUGUGAGCCGUGGCCGCAGUUUCCAGCAAAUGCUGUCGGCGCUCAUACAAGAGGUCCCAGUACAGCCGUCCGAGUGGCACCGCAGCGUGCUGCUGCCCCUCGGCUGGCAGGGCUUUGUGGAGCGAACGUACCACGCGGUGCUGCAGGGACGACUCGGGGAGCUGGAAAUUCAGCAGAGGCAGGGAAAGGAGGACCCACAGGAACUUCAGUACCGGCAGUUCCUGGCUUGGAUCUGGGCACGUGACACGCUUACAGAAGUGCUGAAGUCCGCAGCCAAGGAGAGCCCUGUUGUGCAGGCCAACACUAUCUUAGCACUCGCCUCUCUCGCUGCCACCGUCGUCAAGCACGAGAACAGCCUGCCCAGCAGGCCCGAGGACAGCACGCAGAUCGGCGCCGACAUUCUGCCGACACAAACCUGGCUGGAGAUGGUCCUGGAGACCCUGCUGAGCGUGGUAGAUGGAGGCUACCUCCCCAAGGGCCGCACCUACAACUGGUUCCACCAGAGGACCCAGUCUCGGGAGAACACGUGCAGCGCCCUGGCGCGCAGCUGCGCUGCACUGGCCCUGUCGCUGCUGGUGCCCGCGCUGGCCAUGAGUCUCAAGGACGGCGUGGCUCGGGCACUGGAGGUGCUCAUCAGGGCCCUGCCGGGGGCGCCCGGGGCCGACGAGACGCCCGUGCUGCUCUUCCACUGCGGCCUAGCACUGGGGCUGUUCCUCGCGCGCCUGCACGAAGAGCGCCUCGCCGAGGUUAGUGAACAGAAGCUGUCGUUGCUGCUGAUGAGGGCGCUGGAUAGCCUGGAGACGAGCUGCUUCCAGCCCCAGCUGGAGCACACGGCAGGUUGUGUGCUCGGCCUGGGCCUCGUGCUGUCCGUCAUGAGCCAGAGCAGUCAGACGGAGAGCCACGUGCACGUGCGUGCCACGCGAGACAAGCUCAUGGCGGCGGUGGCGGCGGCAUGCGAGCAGACUGGCCGCCAGCAACAGGAGGCGCUGGGCUACGCCGUGGCCUGCGUGACCGUGGCAGCAUUCAACAGCGGCAUCCUGCAGGCCUCGGAGGCAGAGCAGGCCGUGAACCAACUACGCAUCCUAGUGGAGCAGAACCAGCAGAGUGCCGGCUUUGCCCUGGCGCUGGGCGUCGUGGUCUGUGGGCUGGCAUCGUGCGGGCAUGGCUGCGCCGACGAACUGUGCACGCGCCUCAUGGCCGCUUGGACCAAAAUCCUCCAUGCCGAGGGCUGCCCCACCACGCAGAGGCUGGCUGCAGCCAGCGGACUCGCUGCACUAUCUGGCUCCGAAAGCCCUCUCAUCGCGCUGAAGACGGAUGCGCUCGAGUCACCCCAGUGCCAAGCGAGGCUUGGUGGGGCCAUCAAAUCGCUCACUCAGGUGGUGAGUGCGUCUGAUGCUGUGGGGCUUCAGAGCAACGCUGCGUGGCUCCUGGGUCAUCUGUACCUCUCGUCUAGCGCCACCAUGCACGGCCGUGCUUCUGUGCCACCGGACUUUGACUACCUGCCCAGCAGUAGCGUCAUCAAGGCCGCGACGGCGUUCUUGAUUGAAGCCGGCCGUAGAGGUCCCGAGGCUGUGUCUGCUAGCUUGGUUGCUGUAGUCCUGGGGGCUCUGGCGGCUGCUGCCUCCAACCAUCAGUUCCCCCCUGUGAACUGGCCGGGGCUGCUGACUCCACUGCUGCGCCUGGCCUUUGGAGAGGUCGUGCAGCACUUGGCCAUCCAGCUGGCAGUGGCACAGGCGAAUGCCUCCCAGAGUGCAUCGGUGUUCCUGGCUGUGUGGGUGGCAGCUCCACUGCUGCACAGCCUUGCGCCCUGCACGCGGUCCUUCCUGUGCUCCUCCUUGCCGCUGUGGAUGAGGCACGUGCCACAGGACAAGAUGGAGGCAUUCCUGGACAGUGCCUGCACGCAGGCUGGCGGAGACCAGCUAGCCCUGCUGCAGGGCCUCCGCGACGCCCUGCGGCUGCCCAAUCUCCCACAUUACUGCUGGUCGGCACUCAGUGCCGCCACCGAGAGGGCCUACGUCGAUCUCCCUGUGGAAAUCCAGGAGUGCCGGCUGGAGGAGUACCAGCUCAUGGCUCACUGCCUGUCUCAGCUGCCUGACGCAGACAUCGACCGCAUCACUCACGUGGGCACGGAGGGCCUGCUCAAGGCCACGCUGCUGCGGGUCCUGCUGGUGGCCGAGGGCCGGGUGCCUCUGGUUGGACUCAACGACAGCAUAAACUGUGCCGUCGGGCACCCGCAGCACCGAGCCGUGCUGUGGCUCCUGCUUCAGGGCCUGCACCAGGCUCGCUUCACGCAGCACGAGCACACGGGAGUGCAGAACCGGCUGGAGUGGCUGCUGGAGCUGAUGGGUCACGUGAGGAACACAGCGGCUGGGCCCGACACGGAGGGCAACGCCACGCAGCAGCAGGCGGUGGAGUUGCUGCUGCGUGUGUUUGCAGCGGCGGCGCUGGCCUGGGCCGACCUCUCCUCAUGCCUCCUUGCCGCGGCGUCCCCCUGCUGGGGCCCCGACACCACCACCACCGAGGAGCCCCCCGGCCCGGGGGCAGCCCCCUUGGGGUCGCCGGGGUUGGCUCUGGGUUCGAGGGACGAGGACGGGUUGACGGUGGAAGACUGCCUCCGGCUGAUGCCGCUCACCCUCCCGCAACUAAUGCAGAAGGAACCCUGGAAGCAGCAGGCGGAUACGUUCAUCGAGUGGUUGGUGGCCAUCGACGAGAGUCCGGCAGGGACCAUGACAGCCGCGACGCGCACCCACGUCACAGCGUGUCUGCUAUCGCUGCGCACCCUGCCAGCGUACCGCAAGCUCUCUGUGUGGACCAGGGCCUACCACUGGUGAUGCCAAGUGACCAACUGCCGACUCGCCAACGCCGAUACGAACAGGAACGCUUGGGUAAUGAAUGUGGUGGCCUCAAAUAAACUGAAACUGGCUCAAUGCAGCUGGGAGACUCCAGGUGACUACCUGGCCGUGCUCAAGAUAUUUAUUUUCAAAAUCAAGAAGCCAGCGCUGUUGAUGCCACUGCAUUUAUGGCAGAUCUUAGAACUGUAAUGCAGUCAACACCCAACAUCUGAGGUCUCCUGCAGUCUUAACAUCUGGAAAACCUGACCUCUCCUUGCUACACACGUGCGACUACGUCUGCUUAUAAUGGAUGCAUUGGGCUGUUUUCGUAUGCACGUACGCAUGCUUUAAUGCACCUACUCAGCAGUUGGUAAAUGCACAGUGCCUUAGUAUCUGGCAUCUAUACGCAUCGCAUAAUGCCAAAACUCAAGGUGUGAGAUUGUGCAGUAACAAAUGAUGUAAAUCGGUAUGGGUGACAGAAAAUAAAAUGCAACAACACUAAAAUGCUAAAUUUUAAGUGCA